AUGGAUGUAAUUGAAUAAUAAAAGGAUUCUCCAAGAUUGAAAGAAGCAUUAAGAUAACGAAAUUGGAAAUUAAUAGAUAUAUAAUAAAUAACAAUUGAUUAAUUGAGAAAAGAACCCAGAUAUUCAUUAUUUGAUGACAACAUCUUAAAAUAUUUAUGUGAUUAAUUAUAAGAAUAUAGAAAUAUUAAAUGCUAAAUUGUAUUGACAAUAAGAGAUAAGAUUAUUGAUGAUGAUGAAAAUAAUAAUUUUAGAAAAAAAUAAAACCCAUAAUAAAAAAUGUUAACUGAAGAAAUGGAAGAUGUUUUAAGUUUGAAAAAAUUACAUCAUAUCGAAAUGUAAUUAGAGUAUGAUGUUAAAUUAACUUAAUAAAAUAAAUUAUUAAGUUAAAAAGAGUCUUUUUUAUAAUAAUUAGAAUUUAGAUUAUAAAAUGAAGCAAUAGAGAAAUAAAAAGAUAAUUAACUUUUAAUAGAGUAAAGAUAAUUUCAUAUUGAAUUUUAAGAGUUUUUAAGAUAAUAAAAAGCAAAAGAAGAAGAUUAUGAAAAAAAAGUGAAAAAUGAAUAAUUUAUGACAGAAGAAUAAUAUAAACAAAAAGUUAAAGAAUUUGAUAGAUAAAAAUAAUUGAAGGAAUAGUAAAAAUAAAAAAUAAAAGAGGAAAGAGAAAAAUAAUUACAAGAGAGAAUGUAAAUGAUGGAAAAAAUUUAUGAAGAAAAAAUAAAGAAAAUGGUUGCAAAAGAGAUAAUUCGUUAAAAAUUAAUUGAUAAAGAAAAGAAUCUUCGUAAUUAAUAAAUUUAAGAUAAAUAAGAGAAAAUUUAAUAAAGAAUUAAUGAAAAUAAAAAGAGAUUAAAUCAACAUAUAAUGGAAGAAUAAAAAAUAAAUGAACGCAAAUAAAUAGAAGCUAAAUCAAGAUUAGAGGCUAUGAAAUAAGAAAUAGAAUUUAUGAAUAAGCAAAAGAAAAAGAAACUUGAAAAAAAAUUAAAAUAAAAAGAAAUAUAUAAAAAAGUAAAUGAAAAAAUUGAAGAAGAAAAAAGAUAAUAACUUAUUGAGAAAUUUAAAGCUAUUGAAGAAAAAUUAGAAAUUAAUGAAUUAUAUAAAUAAAUGAAUCUUUAAGAUUAAUAAGAAUUAAGAGAAUAAACAGAAAUUGCAAGAAUGAAAGUUUUAAGACAGACUGAUGAAAAACUUAUUGAAAAAACUAUAAAAAUAUAAGUAAGAAUGAAAGCAUAAGAAGAAAAAGCUAAAUAAAUAUUACAUUAAUUUGAAAUUGAAGAAAAAGAGAAAAAAUUUGAAAAUAUUAUAAGAAAAAUAGAUUAGGAAGAAAAUUAUAUUAUAUAAUAAAGAAAGAGAGAUGUAGAAAAAGAAUUUAUUAUGAAAAAAAUUCAAUAAAAAAAGAAGAAAAAUGAUGAACUAAUUAAAUAAAAAUAAUAAUUAGAAUAAAAUGGUAUUAAAAAUAGGAAAAUUAAUUUAAUGAAAAAAGAAGAAAUGAAGAUUAAAUUUUAAGAUGAAAUGAAGAAGGAAUUAAAAAAAAAUAUAGAAAAUUAAUACAAUUUAAAUUAAGUACCUAAAUUAAAUAUUUAAAACAAAGAAGAAUAAAUUAAUGAAGAAAAAAUGAUCUUAAAUAAUGAAAUGUGUUAGGUAAUUAAUAUAUUAUAUAUUGAAGUUAUUGGAUUAAGAAUUUGAGAGAGAAUAAUAAAGAUAGUAAAUUUUAAAAGAUUCCAUUGGAACAGAAUAGUUCAAUAAAUUAUAAGAAGAGUUUAGAAUUGAGAAAGAAAAAUUUGAUAUAAUGUUAGAAAAUAAAAGAAGAUAAUAUUAUGAAUUGUAACAGUAAUAACUUUAAUUGAAUUCAUUUUGA